CACACAGAUAUGGAUAUGCAUACACAGAUAUGCAUUCUGCAUGUAGAACACACCUAUUGAUCAAUCGCACUUUUGGGAUGCCCAGUUAUGAUGACAAAUAUCGAACAUGACUGCGCACCAUCGGCAGUCUUUUACAAAAACACUAGUUGGUUUCGUUUUCUUCCUUGCCCGUCCUGCUGAUUUUUUAGACUUUCCUUCCUCCUUGAGCUUGAACUGCCCAUAAUUCCAUUUCCUUAGUAUUCAGCAGGAUGGCCGAGACACCAAAAGAGGAGGAUAGCGACAAGAUCCAUAUCAGUGAUCAAGAAUCACCAGCGCCCUUGAAAAAAGGCCGCAAACUUCCAAAAAACUGGGGCCACACCCACACAUGCCCUCAAUCCACUGCAUCCCUUUGGAGCCGUCUCUCGUACACCUGGCUCAAUCCCGUUUUUUACGUGGGUUGGCAACGCCCUCUCGAUCACAACGAUAUCUGGGAAUUGGGGCCAACCUAUAAAGUAGAGCAUGUUCAUCGCUUGCUCGAUGAUGCCUGGAAAGAGGAAUUAGUAAAGGUCGGAUGGAGCCAUCAGGAACAGAGUAUGGAUGGAAGUUCACGGGGAGAUUUAAUCACAUCUCAACAACCUUCAACGUCCAUCCAGCCGAGCUUGUGGCGGGCAAUGAGAAGAGCGUGGUUCUGGAGACUUGCUCCAAUCGGUAUCGCCAAAUGCCUUGGCGACUUUGCCCUAAUCUUUUCCCCCUUUAUGGUCAAAUAUAUUCUAAAGUUUGUCGCUGCCAGCAAGUCUAUUGCUGAUGAGAAUCGGGAGCAUGGGACAGAGGCCAAACUCCCACCGUUGGCUGAAGGAUUCGGAUACGUGAUCGGCCUCUUUGUUCUCCAAAUGAUUGGCUCCCUGCUCAACAACUACUAUUUCCAAGUAGCUGGCAGCGAAGGUAUGUCAGUGCGCGCAGCUCUGACCGCCGCCAUCUACCGCAAAACCCUCCGCCUCUCUUCGGCAGCCAGACAAGAUUUCAACCCCGGCAAAGUUAUGACCAUCGUUUCAACCGACACCCAACGCAUCGACUUUUUUCUUCAGUUUCUCCACGUUAUGUGGACUGCCCCUCUUCAAAUUCUCACCAUUUCCAUCUUGCUUAUCACCCAACUGGGUCCAUCGGCACUUGCAGGCAUCGGCCUCCUCCUCCUCGUUGCCCCCCUCCAAACCCGGAUCAUGCGCAAACUCGCCGUCAUCCGCAAAACCAUUGCCCCCAUUACAGACACCCGCGUCAAACUCACUCAAGAGAUCCUCACGGGAAUUCGUCUGAUAAAGUACUUUGCAUGGGAAGAGUCGUUCCUAUCUAAAAUAUCUUCCGUUCGCGAAAAGGAAAUCAAUCAACUCCUUCACCGCGCAACGCUCUCCUCUCUUGUCCUCGCCAUUGCAUUCGGCAUCCCCAUCCUCUCCGCCUCCCUCUCCAUUAUUAUUUAUGCCUUGACGCAUCCCUUGGACGCUAGUGAAAUCUUUCCGGCGUUAACGUGGUUUGGCCAGUUGAGGUUUCCACUCAUGUUUCUGCCGCAGGGAAUGGUUGCGCUGGUCGAUUUUAGGGUUGCCUUGGGGAGGAUCAAGGGGUUGUUACUUGCAGAUGAACUGGAUGUGUUCCCGGGAGUCGUUGAGGAUGAGGAGAUUGCGGUGAGGGUCGUGGAUGGAUGUUUUGUUUGGGAGGGGGGUGACGAUGCUACCAAGGGGGCCAAGAGCGCUGUGAAAGAUGGUGGUCAUGAUGCCAAGAAACAGGGUGAUGAUGAUGCUACCAAGUACGACAAGACCACUCUGGAUGAUGGUGGGCACAAAACCACCAAAAAGGAGGGUGAUGAUGAGGAUAAUGCCGCAAAGCAGCAAGCAAACGAUCGCAAAAUCAGCAAUGAGCAGGGCACCACAACGGGGGAUAUCCAUCUCAAUACCAUACAACCUCGUCAUCCACUCCCAGGAACGCUUCAGAACAUCAAUCUCACACUCCCUAAAGGCGCCCUCAUCGCCAUCAUUGGCCCCGUCGGCUCCGGUAAAUCCUCCCUCCUCAACGCUCUGAUCAGCGAAAUGCGCCGCACAUCCGGCACUAUUCAGUACUCUGGCAAACUCGGCUACUGCCCCCAACAACCUUGGAUCCUCAACACAACCCUCCGAAACAACAUUACCUUUUCCCGUCCCUUUGACCAAACAAAAUACAUUCACGCCUUGCAUGCUUGCGCCCUGGAACCGGACCUGUCCCUCCUCCCCAACGCCGACAUGACUCAGAUCGGUGAACGAGGCAUCACACUCUCAGGCGGCCAAAAACAACGCCUCAACCUCGCGCGAUGCAUCUAUCUCGACUCGGAUAUCAUUCUCCUCGACGACCCACUAUCGGCUGUAGACGCGCACGUCGGUGCACAUUUGUUUGAAAAGUGUAUUUUAGGGGCCUUGAAGGGGAAGACGAGGGUGUUGGUGACCCAUCAGUUAAGGGUUUUGCCGAGGUGUGAUAUGGUAGUUGUUAUGAACGAGGGACGCGUGGUUGAGGUCGGCGGGUUUGAGGAGUUGAUGAAGAAGGAGGGGGAGAUGGCUAGGCUCAUGAAGGCUUUUGGAGGGUUGGAUGACAAGGUAGUCGGCGAUGAGGGCAAAGUGGAGGACGAUGCUGGACAUGAUGGCAGUAGGGAUCAACGCGUAAAUACUCUUGUGCAAGCGGAUGAAAAUGCAACACUAGGCGACAACUUGAGCCCUGCAGAACAAAAAGAAAAACCAACUGUAGAGGACUUUACAACACUAGAUGAAACGGCAACACCAGACACCUCCGAAGAAGCAACGCUCGCACGCAUCAAAGCCAUCAUCACACGCACCCACGUCCCACACACCCUCAUGACAACCGAAGACCGCGCAACAGGAAGCGUCGACACUCGCGUCUGGCUCUCCUAUGUAAAAGCCGCCGGUGGUCUCUCCUUUACGCUCCCGCUCCUCGUCCUCCUCGUCAUUAUCCAAUCCGCACGCGUUGGCACCGACUUUUGGCUCGUGAUAUGGACCAAUGAUCGUAUUCCAUCAUUCACGACCAAGACCUACGUCGGGAUCUACUGGGCCUGGGGCAUCUUUCAAACUCUAUCCCUCUACCUCUUUGGUCUCUUUUUCGCUUUAUUUGGAACACGGGCCUCACGGACCCUUCAUGCUGCAGCCCUUUCCCGUAUCCUUCAAUCUCCCGUAUCAUUUUUCGAUUCGACACCGCUAGGCCGCAUCAUUAACCGCUUCUCAAAAGACACGGACACGAUCGAUACGACCCUUUCGGAUUCUUUUCGAACGUUUAUCAACACGUUUGCGGUUGCUGUAUCUACUUUUGUACUCAUCGUUUACGCAACGCCCUUCUUCAUCAUCCCGCUUGUACCCAUUCUCGGCAUUUAUUACCUCCUCCAAAAAAUCUAUCGCGCAACGUCUCGCGAACUCAAACGCCUCGAUUCGACGACCCGAAGUCCACUUUAUGCCCACUUUGGCGAAACACUCCAUGGCGCGCCCUCCAUCCGAGCCUACGGCGAACAAGCCCGCUUCAUAUCCCAAACAGACACCAUGAUCAACACGAAUAAUGCCCCAACGUUUUUAUUAGUUGCCGCACAACGAUGGUUAGGAGUCCGUUUAGAAUCCCUCGGUGCAGUCCUCGUGUUUUUUGCGGGUUUAUUUGGGUUACUGAAUCGAGAUAAUGAUGCACUCUCUCCGGCGCUUUUGGGAUUGAGUUUGAGUUAUGCGUUACAGGUGACGCAGACGUUGAAUUGGGGUGUACGGCAGUUUACAGAGACGGAGAUUGCUAUGAAUGCUGUGGAGCGGAUAGAGUUUUAUGCGUAUCAGAUUGAAGUUGAGCCUGUUCCCCCUCCUCCUCCGCCGCCCACCGACUUUUUUGAUGGUCCUGCCGGUGGUAGUGCCAAUGUUAUCGACGGGGUUACCCACGGCGUAACGUCCAAGGCUACUCCCGACGGCACGCCCUCCAUAACGAUCGUGUCCCACACCCCACCCACACCUCCACCCCCGACCUGGCCCACAACCGGUACUCUGACUCUGACCAACCUCACCCUCCGCUACCCAAACCAACCCCCCGUCCUCCACAUCCCAUCCCUCCACAUCCCGCACGCCUCCAAAAUCGGUAUCGUAGGACGAACGGGAUCCGGUAAAUCCACCCUCGUAUCCUCUCUAUUCCGGAUCAUCGAACCCUGUACAGGAACUAUCACACUUGAUUCCAUCCCAAUUCACACCCUCCCACUCGCUUCCUUACGUCGGGGGUUAACCAUCAUCCCACAAGACCCUACACUCUUUUCCAGCACACUCCGCACAAACCUUGACCCCUUUUCUCUUUACACUGACACCCAACUCCAUGAUGCCCUCUCACUAGCGUCCCUCACCCCCUUUUUCUCCGCUCGACAAGGGCUUGAUACGCGUAUUGACACAUCCGGCGAAAACCUUUCAGUAGGUCAACGCCAAUUAGUGUGUCUGGCCCGUGCACUGCUCCGGCACCCCAAAAUCUUGAUAAUGGAUGAAGCGACCGCGAAUGUGGAUUUAGAAACGGAUGCGUUGAUUCAAAAAUUGUUGAGACGGGCGUUUAGGGAUUGUACGAUUUUGUGUAUUGCGCAUCGUGUUGGAACGGUUUUGGAUUAUGAUCGGGUUUUGGUGCUUGACAAGGGGCGGGUGGUCGAGUUUGAUGAGCCGGGGGUGUUGGUGAAGCGUGGAGGCGUGUUUGCGGGUAUGGUUUCUGCGUCAGCGUAAUGUGUUUAUUUAAAUAAUUGUGAAAAAUGGUAAAUGGUUGGCAGAUGGUACCUUUUUGGGUUGGGGAAUCCGUGUGCAUAGUUUGGCUUAGGGUUGCUUGAUUUUGGGCCGGGAAAAUGAUGUUAAUAUGUAUCGAUAGAACGUGGUCUUUUUUUUUUUACUUUUUGCGUAAAUUGACUAAUAAGCAUGUCUAGUUGAGGAUGACGAAUACGAG